AUGCAGGUGGUCGGGUCGCGGUGCGACGCGGUUGAGCAGGUCGACGUGCUCGACGAGGACAUGGACGUGGACGUGGACGAUGGCAGCAGUACUGGGGACUGGCACUCGGCAACAGACGAGGCAGCGGAGGACUGUCUCCGGAGGGACAACAAGGAGAGACAGAGGAGGAUCCGGAAGCUGCUGGAGUGGGUAGAGUCGAUAGAGGGCAAGUGCGUAGUGUGCUACGUCAAGUGGUGCCACCAGGGCCGGGCAGAGGGUCGGCAGAUGACGUACGAGCACGAGUUCCGGGGCUGCAAGGUGCUAGGAGGAUCGGAUACGUAUAUGGCAUGGCGGCGGCAGAUCCGGUUUAAGGAGUACUCGUGCUGCUGGACGUGUGGUCUCCCGCAGGCUUAG